AUGACCAAUGUCACCGUGAAGACACAAUUCCUCCUGCUGGGUUUAUCGGAGGUGCGGGAGAUGCAUCUGGUCCAUGCCGCCCUGUUCCUCCUGGUCUACCUGGCGGCCUUAACGGGGAAUCUCCUCAUCGUCGCCAUCACCAUCCUUGACCGGUGCCUCCAUACCCCCAUGUACAUCUUCCUCAGGCACCUGUCUGUCCUCGACCUCUGCCUCAUCUCUGUCACCGUCCCCAAAUCCAUCCUCAACGCCCUGACAGACUGCAGCUCCAUCUCCUUCCCGGCCUGUGUCACUCAGCUCUUUCUGGUGAUUCUGUUUGCUGCCUCGGAGAUGUUCAUCCUCACGGCGAUGUCCUACGACCGCUACAUCGCGAUCUGUCGUCCCCUUCGCUAUGAGGUCGUCAUGAACCGAGGGGCCUGUGGGAAUAUGGCCGCCGCGUCUUGGCUCACCGGGAGUCUGUUUGGAGUCUUGUUUUCGGCUUCGACCUUCUCCCUGUCCUUCUGCGGGUCCCACGUAGUCCCCCAGUUCUUCUGCGAUGUCCCCUCCUUGUUAACGAUCUCCUGCUCCGAUAACCACAUCGCCAUUGAUGUGAGUGUUGCUAUUGGUUCCUGUUUGGGUUUUGUUUGCUUGGUCUCCAUCAUUGUGUCGUAUGCCUCCAUCUUCUCCACCGUGCUGAGAAUCCCAACUGACAGUAGUCGGUCAAAAGCCUUCUCCACUUGCCUGCCUCACCUUUUGGUGGUCACCGUGUUUCUCACGACGUCUGCCUUCGAUCACCUCAAGCUGCCAUCAGACACUUCCCAGGCCCUGGACGUGCUCGUGUCCAUGUUCUACACCGUGGUGCCCCCAGCCCUGAACCCCCUCAUCUACAGCCUGAGGAACAGGGACGUGAAGGCUGCCCUGGGGAAAUUACUAGGCGAGCAAUGA